AUGUCUACACCAUUAGAACAGCAGCAGCCACCACUGGUGGGAACGACCCAAGAAGCCUACACUGCCCAUACGGGUCACGGGUCUGUCGGACCCGUCAUAGCCGUAGUAGCAGUGAUCACUAUCCUCGGUAUCAUAGCUGGCAUGAUCGGGAGACUCUGUUCCGGGAGACCCAUCAUGGGUCAUGGUCACUACGAUUUUGAAGGUUGGGUUGAGAGGAAAUGCUCUUCUUGCCUUGACGGUACGGUGGUAGACCCGCCUCCGUCGCGUCCGGCGGAUGAGGAGGAGGAGCACGCGGCUGUGCCUGCAGAGGAGACCCAACAAGAGAUCAAAGAUGAAGAGCACGAUGAAGCACAAAAGCAACAUGGAAGUAGCAGUAAAUCUUGA